AUGGCGCGCUACAGGAUGUCCCGGGAGAUUAAGACGUACACUUCUGAGGUGCUCAGUGAAGCGGUCAGCAAAUCGAUGCAUCGUCUCGCCAAUGUAGUGGACGACGCAUUGCUUGCAAGAUAUACAGUACACCAGAUUGGCAGAUAUAUAGAUGACAGCCGUCUAUCUUCAGCCAUUGGUCCAUCACAGCCAAAGCGUGCCAAGCCAACAUCACAUCUGAAGGCAACGGACCAUCAUCCUCCUACCCCUUCUGACAUCAUUGAGUUUUCAGAUGACAGCUGUCUAUCUUCAGCCAUUGGUCCAUCACAGCCAAAGCGUGCCAAGCCAACAUCACAUCUGAAGGCAACGAACCAUCAUCCUCCUACCCCUUCUGACAUCAUUGAGUCUUCAGAUGACAGCCAUCUAUCUUCAGCCAUUGGUCCAUCACAGCCAAAGCGUGCCAAGCCAACAUCACAUCUGAAGGCAACGAACCAUCAUCCUCCUACCCCUUCUGACAUCAUUGAGUCUUCAGAUGACAGCCGUCUAUCUUCAGCCAUUGGUCCAUCACAGCCAAAGCGUGCCAAGCCAAGAUCACAUCUGAAGGCAACGGACCAUCAUCCUCCUACCCCUUCUGACAUCAUUGAGUCUUCAGAUGACAGCCGUCUAUCUUCAGCCAUUGGUCCAUCACAGCCAAAGCGUGCCAAGCCAAGAUCACAUCUAAAGGCAACGGACCAUCAUCCUACGACCCCUUCUGACAUCAUUGAGUCUUCAGAUGACAGCCGUCUAUCUUCAGCCAUUGGUCCAUCACAGCCAAAGCGUGCCAAGCCAAGAUCACAUCUAAAGGCAACGGACCAUCAUCCUACGACCCCUUCUGACAUCAUUGAGUCUUCAGAUGACAGCCGUCUAUCUUCAGCCAUUGGUCCAUCACAGCCAAAGCGUGCCAAGCCAACAUCACAUCUGAAGGCAACGGACCAUCAUCCUCCUACCCCUUCUGACAUCAUUGAGUUUUCAGAUGACGGCCGUCAAUCUUCAGCCAUUGGUCCAUCACAGCCAAAGCGUGCCAAGCCAACAUCACAUCUGAAGGCAACGGACCAUCAUCCUACGACCCCUUCUGACAUCAUUGAGUCUUCAGAUGACAGCCGUCUAUCUUCAGCCAUUGGUCCAUCACAGCCAAAGCGUGCCAAGCCAACAUCACAUCAGAAGGCAACGGACCAUCAUCCUACGACCCCUUCUGACAUCAUUGAGUCUUCAGAUGACAGCCGUCUAUCUUCAGCCAUUGGUCCAUCACAGCCAAAGCGUGCCAAGCCAACAUCACAUCAGAUGGCAACGGACCAUCAUCCUCCUACCCCUUCUGACAUCACUGAGUCUUCAGAUGACAGCUGUCUAUCUUCAGCCAUUGGUCCAUCACAGCCAAAGCGUGCCAAGCCAACAUCACAUCUGAAGGCAACGAACCAUCAUCCUCCUACCCCUUCUGACAUCAUUGAGUCUUCAGAUGACAGCCGUCUAUCUUCAGCCAUUGGUCCAUCACAGCCAAAGCGUGCCAAGCCAACAUCACAUCUGAAGGCAACGAACCAUCCUCCUCCUACCCCUUCUGACAUCAUUGAGUCUUCAGAUGACAGCCGUCUAUCUUCAGCCAUUGGUCCAUCACAGCCAAAGCGUGCCAAGCCAACAUCACAUCUGAAGGCAACGGACCAUCAUCCUCCUACCCCUUCUGACAUCAUUGAGUUUUCAGAUGACAGCCAUCUAUCUUCAGUCAUUGGUCCAUCACAGCCAAAGCGUGCCAAGCCAACAUCACAUCUGAAGGCAACGAACCAUCAUCCUCCUACCCCUUCUGACAUCAUUGAGUUUUCAGAUGACGGCCGUCAAUCUUCAGUCACUGGUCCAUCACAGCCAAAGCAUGCCAAGCCAACAUCACAUCUGAAGGCAACGAACCAUCAUCCUACGACCCCUUCUGACAUCAUUGAGUUUUCAGAUGACAGCCGUCUAUCUUCAGCCAUUGGUCCAUCACAGCCAAAGCGUGCCAAGCCAACAUCACAUCUGAAGGCAACAAAGCAUCAUCCUACGACCCUAUCUGACAUCAUUGAGUCUUCAGAUGACAGCCGUCUAUCUUCAGCCAUUGGUCCAUCACAGCCAAAGCGUGCCAAGCCAACAUCACAUCUGAAGGCAACGAACCAUCAUCCUACGACCCCUUCUGACAUCAUUGAGUUUUCAGAUGACAGCCGUCUAUCUUCAGCCAUUGGUCCAUCACAGCCAAAGCGUGCCAAGCCAACAUCACAUCUGAAGGCAAUGAACCAUCAUCCUACGACCCCUUCUGACAUCAUUGAGUUUUCAGAUGACGGCCGUCAAUCUUCAGCCAUUGGUCCAUCACAGCCAAAGUGUGCCAAGCCAACAUCACAUCUGAAGGCAACGGACCAUCAUCCUCCUACCCCUUCUGACAUCAUUGAGUCUUCAGAUGACAGCCGUCUAUCUUCAGCCAUUGGUCCAUCACAGCCAAAGCGUGCCAAGCCAAGAUCACAUCUGAAGGCAACGAAGCAUCAUCCUACGACCCUAUCUGACAUCAUUGAUGAGUCUUCAGAUGACGGCUACCUGUCUUCAGCUAUCGGAUCAUCACAGCCAAAGUGUGUCCAGCCAACACCAGAAAACCACCUUUCUUCAAUAGUCAGCCCGUUAGACUCCAAUCAUGUUCAGCCAUCUUCUGUUUGGGCGCCAGAACUUAAUCAUAUCAUAUCUGACAUCAUUGAUGAUCCUUGUGGUGAAAGCUUCCAUCCUUUGUCAGUUAAACCCUCAGACUCGAAGCUUGUUCAGCCAACUACUGAAAUGUUAUCCGAUCAUUAUUCUAUGAUAUUCUAUGGGAGCUGUCUUCCUUCAUCAUCUGGACCCUCUCAUUCAAAGCAGGCUCAGCCAACACCACAUGUGAAGCCAGCAAACCAAUAUCCUCUGAAACCUUCAGACUUCAUCGAUGAUGAAGCUUUGGAUUAA